AUGGCUAUGGCAAUGGCGCUUCGUAAGCUUUCAUCUUCCGUCAACAAAUCUUCACGUCCUCUCUUUUCUGCUUCAUCUCUUUACUACAAGUCUUCUUUGCCCGAUGAAGCUGUUUACGACAAAGAGAAUCCACGUGUUACGUGGCCAAAGCAAUUGAAUUCUCCACUUGAGGUUAUUGAUCCUGAAAUUGCUGAUAUAAUUGAGCUUGAAAAGGCUAGACAAUGGAAGGGGCUGGAACUGAUACCAUCAGAAAAUUUCACUUCUUUAUCUGUUAUGCAAGCUGUUGGCUCUAUCAUGACGAACAAAUACAGUGAAGGUUAUCCCGGGGCAAGAUAUUAUGGAGGAAAUGAGUAUAUUGACAUGGCAGAAACACUAUGCCAGAAGCGUGCCUUGGAAGCGUUUCGGUUGGAUCCUGCUAAAUGGGGAGUGAAUGUGCAGCCUCUGUCUGGUUCACCUUCAAAUUUUCAAGUUUACACUGCAUUGUUGAAACCUCAUGAUAGAAUCAUGGCACUUGAUCUCCCUCAUGGAGGGCAUCUUUCUCAUGGAUACCAGACCGACACCAAAAAGAUAUCUGCAGUCUCUAUAUUCUUUGAGACAAUGCCAUAUAGGUUGGAUGAAAGCACAGGUUACAUUGACUAUGACCAGCUAGAGAAAUCGGCUACACUCUUCAGGCCAAAAUUAAUAGUUGCCGGUGCUAGUGCCUAUGCAAGACUGUAUGAUUAUGCACGCAUACGCAAGGUUUGCGAUAAACAGAAAGCUGUGUUGUUAGCAGAUAUGGCACAUAUCAGUGGAUUGGUUGCAGCUGGUGUUAUCCCUUCACCUUUUGAUUAUGCAGAUGUAGUGACAACCACAACUCACAAGUCACUUCGCGGCCCACGUGGAGCUAUGAUAUUUUUCAGGAAGGGAUUGAAAGAAGUCAACAAACAAGGAAAAGAGGUGUUCUAUGACUAUGAGGACAAAAUCAAUCAAGCUGUCUUCCCCGGACUGCAAGGUGGUCCUCACAACCAUACCAUUACCGGUUUAGCUGUUGCAUUGAAGCAGGCUACAACUCCAGAGUAUAGAGCAUAUCAAGAGCAGGUUCUCAGCAAUAGCUCAAAGUUUGCAAAGGCUCUGAGUGAGAAAGGCUAUGAUCUUGUUUCCGGUGGGACUGAGAAUCAUUUAGUUUUGGUGAAUCUGAAGAAGAAGGGCAUUGAUGGGUCCAGAGUUGAGAAAGUGUUGGAAUUAGUACAUAUUGCCGCUAAUAAAAACACUGUUCCAGGAGAUGUGUCUGCUAUGGUUCCUGGUGGCAUCAGGAUGGGAACUCCUGCUCUUACUUCAAGGGGAUUUGUUGAGGAGGAUUUCGUCAAGGUAGCAGAGUAUUUUGAUGCAGCUGUGAGUUUGGCUUUGAAGGUUAAAGCAGAGAGCAAAGGAACAAAAUUAAAGGACUUCGUGGAAGUAUUGCAGACAUCCUCUUAUGUGCAAUCAGAGAUUUCCAAACUUAAGCAUGAUGUUGAGGAGUUUGCAAAACAAUUUCCAACCAUUGGUUUUGAAAAAGCAACCAUGAAGUACAACAAAUAA